AUGGAGCCAAGCCUGCUGUUGCUAGCGGUGGUGGUGGUGAUGCCAGAAGCCGAGUGGAAUGAUGAACGCACUAGGCUUGUCUGUGAACUCUUUGAAGAACAAGUUCGGGCUGGGAACAGGCCAAACACGCACCUGAGCAACAUUGGUUACCGCCAAGUUGCAGCUAAGUUUCAGCAGAGGACACAGCUUCUCUAUACAAAAUUGCAGCUUAAGAACAAAUGGGACAAGUUUAAGAAUGACUACAUUACCUGGAGGAAGUUACUUGUAGUGGGAAAGGGUUUACCUUGGGACGCAACAAAGGGGACAUUUGUUGCUGACGAAGAAUGGUGGAAGAAGAUCAAUAAGGAGCUGCCAGGUGCAAGGAAAUUUCGACAUGGCGGUCUACGACAUGAGGACAAGUUGAAAGUAAUGUUCGACUACAUCACCAGUAAUGGUGUGGAUCCUUCACCACCUGCUCCAGAAAGCCCGAAGAAUGGGGUGGAUCAUUCGCCACCGGCCGCAACUGGUUUGCCAUCUGCUCCAGACUGCCCCCUCAAUGGAGCGGAGCAUUCGCCUGUGACUGCACAUGGGUUGCGAUCUCGUCCAGACAGCCACAUGAAUGGCACAGAUCAUUUGCCACUGGCCACACAUGAUUUGCCACAUGUUCAAGAAAUCCCCAUGAAUGGUGUGAACCUUGAUGAAUCGGACAACAAUGCUGAAGAUAAUGAUGACACUCAUCAAGAGCCUGUGUUUCAGUAUUCUUCAUCAAACAGGAAGAAGAUACCGAUUCGUUUCAUUGCUGCAAAGAAGAAGAAAAACAAGUCCGAAACUGCUCUGCUCAUGCAAGCUCAUUUGUACCGCAUAACUGAGCUUGCUCAGAAAGCACAGGACACUUUCGAAAAGUUCAGCUCCCAGGCUGACUUGGCGCCAUGGCCUAGCAUCCAGGAUGUUAUGACACUGGUCCAUGAGUGCGGAGCACGGUGUGGAAGCAAUGAGCAUUUCAUCGCAACUGAACUGUUUGUCAGUAGAGAACAGAGGGAGAUGUUCCUGACCAUGGAAACGGCCGAGGAACGGUUCCAGUGGCUUAGAAGAAAGUACAUCGUCAAGUAUUUGUCAGGUACAGCAGGUACAAGUCUGGGUACUAGAUGA